UUAAAAAAAAAAGUUUAAGACCCAAACACACAUGAAUAGGCGCGAGACAACUGAAAAUUGGAAAAUUAAAGUCUUUAAGAAUGGAAGGCAGUCAGAAAAUGGCAUAAUAUGCAAAGGAAACAAAGACGAGGAACUUGCUUCUCCGCGACCCGAAAGCGAAAUUCCCUGGGAAGAACCAUUGAAUCACCAAGAAUUCAGCUGGAGAGCUCGUAUUAUCGUGGCAAUAGGGCUGAUAAUAAUUUUGGCGUCAGUAUUUUCGGGACUACCCUAUGAAAGUGUCAAAUAUUCAUCCACUAUAAAUUAUUGUGCUGUUGGUGGUGCCCUAAUUUGCAUGUCCAUAAUUAAUUUAACGAUGUGCUUUGACACUCAAAUAUUUCGAAGGUCCUCCAACAAAAACAUUUUGUUGGCCUUAUUUGCCGCUGCCCAUUUGUGUACCCACCCAUUUUACAUUUCCCGUUUGCUUAACUUUUAAAGGAUAAUCAAUAGGCAGUAUGAGAUGGGUGAGUAUGCAAUGGGUGCGUUAUUCCUUGGUCACGAUGCUCUAAGCCUUAGUCUCUUCGUUAUUUCACUGUGUGACAGCGAAGGGAGUGAUGAUUAUGAUAAUGACGAUGAUGAUAGUUCCUCUAGUGGAGAUUCUAGUGAAGAUUCUAGUGAAGAUUCUAGUGGAGAUUCGGGCAAUUGCAGUUCAUGAGUGCCAUUUACCUGGCUAAUGAAAAACUACUAACAAAAAAGUAGUAUCUAUAACUUUAUUAAUGAGAUCAAAUCGUACCUUACCUUAAAAUUUUAAAGGCAACAUUUAAUUAUAUAUAGACGUAAGUUUAUUCUUAUGGAAAAUUGUAAUACAGGAUUUAAUGAUCGAAAUUAUACAACCUUGGUAUAGUUUUACAAUAGUCCAAUUAACAAAGAACAUGAAACUA